AGCCUCAAUCGUCAGUCUAGCUCAAUCAUCCGACAUCUACGAAUAUAUGAGUCCAGCUACGUGUAAUUUUAACAAGUGAAUUUUUCAUUUGAUUUAUCAUUUUUGAGAGGGAGAGAGGGAUGAGGGAAUGUUUACUGCCGAUACUACUUGCUGUUAUUGUUUUAUCAACUCCAGGGGAAGGUGACGUUGUAUCGUUUGCCACGGUAAAAACAUGGGCGUACAAACUCGGCUUCGAGCUGUCUCAGCUUGGAAAAUACGUGAUAAACGUGCAAAAAUUCGAGGACAGCUACAAGACCGCCCAAAUAAUACCCAGAGAUGGUAAUGCACUUGUUCAUGAGAUUGCGAAGGAUAUCAAGGCUAUGAUGGAGUCUAAAAUGUCAGCAAUUAGGAGAAUAAUGGACAUCGCGGAGACAGUCGCCCUGGACGACGAGCAGUUGGACGUCAACUACACGUAUACAAACGCGAAGAACGUCUCCCAGGAGCUCCACUACAGCGUCCACUUCGGUGGCGACGUGAACACAUCCAUGUCCUCCGUUCACGUCCCGACGAACGUCUACGACCGUGCGCCAACGGUGAUCAAGGCGAUAAAGUGGUCAGCCCGAUUGGACGACACCUUCAUCAACAACUACAAGCACGACCCCUCGCUGUCCUGGCAGUACUUCGGGAGUGCUACGGGCUUCAUGCGUCAGUUUCCGGCGACGAUCUGGAACCCGAAGCCAGUGGACCUCUUCGACUGCCGAACGAGGGGGUGGUACAUCGAGGCGGCCAACAGCCCGAAGGACGUCCUGAUCCUGGUGGACACCUCCGGAAGCAUGACGGGUGUCCGCAAGGAGAUAGCGAGACACGUCGUCAACAACAUCCUGGACACCCUCGGCAACAACGACUUCGUCAACAUCAUCACAUUCUCCAACGAGACCAGGGAAGUUGUUCCAUGCUUCAAUGACACCCUGGUGCAAGCUAACCUGGGGAACAUCAGGGAGCUGAAGGAGGCCAUAUCCGAAUUGACGACCGAGCGGAUAGCCAAUUUCGAGAUGGUCCUGGUGUACGCGUUUCAACUCCUAGCUAGGUUCAGGAACGAGACCAGGGGGGCCAUGUGCAAUCAAGCCAUCAUGCUGAUCACAGAUGGUGUGCCGUAUAAUUAUAAGGAUAUUUUUAGGGAGUACAAUUGGGGCGGCAGCUCCGAGGAACCUGACAAGUUCGAUAUGCCUGUCAGGGUGUUUACGUAUUUAAUCGGCCGGGAGGUCACCGAUGUCAGGGAGGUUCAGUGGAUGGCCUGCGCCAACAGGGGAUAUUAUGUCCAUCUGUCGACGUUUGCUGAGGUCAGGGAACAGGUACUGAAUUACGUUCCCGUGAUGGCACGUCCCCUAGUCCUCGGUAAACACGAUCACCCGACAAUCUGGACCCCAGUCUAUGCCGAUAUCACUGAUCCCAAAAUGGCGGAUUGGCUGUGGGAGCAGAAGGAGUGCGAGGAUCAGAAAGAGAGGGUCCUGGAGUUCCGGAGGAACAGGCGGUUGUACCUGUCCAAUCAUCAGAGGGACAGGAAAUUGAUGCACAAACCGAAGAGACAUCACAGUCAUCACGAUGAGAUGCAAGAGUAUCAGCUGAUGACGUCAGUCAGUAUGCCGGUGUAUGAUAGAAGAGAGAAUGCGAACAUAACUGAGCAAGUGCUGGUCAAGGAGGCGUACUGGGUGCCCCAGACACGAGAGACGAGAAUUGCGGAUUUACUUGGAGUUGCCGGAACUGAUGUGCCAAUUCAAGAGAUACAGAAACUCAUGUUACCCUAUAAGUUGGGCGUGAAUGGAUAUGCCUUUAUUGUUACUAAUAACGGCUACAUUCUUAUUCAUCCUGACCUGAGACCAGUUUUCCAGGGAAUACUGAAGCCCUCAUACAAUUCCGUUGACAUGGCAGAAGUUGAGCUCUUGGAUCUCGGUGGUCCACGUGACUUUGACGAGACGAUUCUCGGGUUUCGAGAGCAAGUUAUCAAUCAAGCGAACGGUAGCGUGAUCCUCAACACGAAAUAUCAUUAUGAUGAUAUGAAAAGAGUUGGUCGGAUCAAAAGAAAAUACGAUUUCACUGGAAUCGAGAAGACACCUUUCACAGUUGUGGUGAGUUUGCCACUGCACGGCCACGAUAAUUACCGUGUUCACGCCACCGAGGAGCUCCACAGAGCCCACGUCAAUGGUAAAAAUGCGACAGACUACUUUGCGGACAGUAACUGGCUGGUUCAUCCUGAUUGGACGUAUUGCAAAUAUCAUUAUAAGGACGAGCACAGGUUUGAGUCCCCCGAGAAACUGUUUUUACACUUUCUGGAGCGCACUCGCCUGCCAGGAUGGUUCUGGAGUGAUAAGAAAUUACCCUCCCAGCCACCCGAGUUGUCUGUCACUAAUUCUGGAAGUAGUGGAUCUCAUUCAAGUUCCUCCUCAUCAGGCAAGGACUCAUUCUACUGCGACCGUCACCUAUUCCAAAGUCUCGUACACGAUGCAAAGGUAACCGGGUGGUUUGCAAACAUCAACACCACACGCGAGGAGAAAGGGAAAGAGUUCCAACAUCGGUUCGAGUUGGUUCUCGCCUUCAUGGCGACACACAGUGGUCUGACAAGGUGGCAGGACCUCGCUCAGGAGGAAACGGGAGACCCGAUGCUACCUGACGAGCACUUCAGCAGAAUAUACCCCAGAGCGAUCGAUGAAAUCUGGUAUAAACGAGCUGUAGAGCAGCAUUACAUUCAGCCAGACAGCUUCGUGUUCUCCAUUCCGCCUGAUGAGAUCGCGGAUGACUCGACCCUAGUGACAGCCAGUCGUGCGAUAUUCACAGGGGGCAAUGGAAAAGGCAAAGCCCCAGCGGCAGUCGUGGGCUUUCAGUUCAAGCACACAGCCCUCCAAUCCAUCUUCCAGAACAUCACGUUCAACUGUGAUGGAGGAUCCAACUGCAAUCAUCAUUGCAACGACUCGUCCCUGGGGUGCUACCUCAUCGACAACAACGCCUUCAUCCUCGCUUCGUCAGACGAGGCUGAUGCAGGACGAUUCUUCGGGGAGGUCAGGGGCCCUGUUCUCAUGAGCAUGGUGAACGAGGGCAUCUACGAGAAGAUCACCAUCUUCGAUUAUCAGGGGGUGUGCUUUAUGUCUCGGCAGACGGCGAAUGAUGGGAGUGUUCUGUUGACGCCCUGGGUGAUCUUCAAGAGGACUCUUUCCUGGUUAUUUGCUCAGGUCGUCUACACAUGGACGACUUUCGGCCUCUGGUCCUCAGACUACGCCUUCGCCCAAGAAUACGAUCACGAAGAUCACUUCGAGAAUGACGACAAGAUGCCGCCCGAGGGCAGCAAGCCUCCUCCCUUCGACCCUCGGGUCAUCAUAAACCGAACGAAACCUACUCCCUGCGACCAAGAGGUCGACCUCUACCUCCUCCGAAACUCCUCGUCCCGUGUUUACGACAUAAACUUCAACUCCAGCAAGGGCUGCGACAGGCCCUACGUCGUCCAGCCCGUGGACUUCAGCAAUAUGCUUCUUGUCGUCGUCUACGUCGACUGUCCUGGCACAGCUGACUUCAAGGUCACUGUCAUACCUGAGGAGAUCAACUAUCCGAAUGCCUCGCUGGCGUGUCAGAAGGCUAGCGAUGGCCUCAAGAGAAGAAGGCCCAGCUCCUGCAUACGAAGCCAUCCAAGGGAGAGUGAAAUCAAGGACAGAUGUGGCAGGGCCACAAGUGUCGAACUGAAUUCAGCCCUUUUUCUACUCAUUGCGUUGUCCAUACUCAUGGCAAUUCGUAAUUAAUAUUUUUUACUGUGGCUGACUACAGGGGAUUGUUGCAUCAACGACUGAGAAUACGUUGCGAUAUGUUCAGAGCUGAUGUCAAAAUGAUUAAUGAUUGUUUAUCUUCCAUUGUUCUGAUGCAGGGAGUGAUUGAACAUUGGUGCAUAAUUCGUGUACAGUGAGUGUAUGAUAAUGUUAAGAGCGAGGAUCAAUUGAUUAUGAUGAUCUUUUGGUACUCUGUCAUUUUAAUUUUUGAUUCUGAAUUUGAGACGCUGUUUGGAGAUAACAUAUGGUGGAGUAUUGAACAAAUUGGAAACCUGAAAUAAUCGAAAAUCUGAAAAUAAUGGACCACUUGUGCAUGAGAUAUACUAUUACGGAAAUUAUGUACAGGAUUUUAAAUCUGAUAUCGGUAGGUGAAUUCUACUCAAUCUUUAUUCAUUUGUAUAUUCAUUAUCUCUGUCAUUUUGUUUGAUGAUCAGUGUGGAAAUCGAAUAGAUUCAAUCCAUGAUUAUCGAAAAUCUUAGAUAGAAUUUUAUAGCAACUAUUCGGAGAUUAUAAUGUUCGUAAUUACGUUAUCACGUUCAUAAUUUCGCUUUGUACAUUCAUCUGUUUAAUAUACAUUAUUGUAAUCGAGUAAAAUUAAUUAACGUUAAUUUUGUAAAUUGAUGUAAGAUAAUAAUGGGAUAAUGAAGUGUAAAGAUUGUGUGCCUUUCGUUGAAUUGUAUGGCACGCGGUUAUAAACUAAAAUCUUGUUGUAUGUUUUUCAAAUAAAUUAUGGAAUCCUA